AGCGUAGUUCAGUAGAUCAACCUGCGUUUGCGAGUACACUCUUGCCCCAGUUAAUUAUCCGAGAGCACAAGGGCAAUGAGGAUCCCUAAUUUGGCGUUACUCCUGGUCAUCGAACUCUUUGGAGUUCGUGGAGCCAGGAUGGUCUCUGGAGACUCUGGCGGUGAUUUUCAGUUUCUUACCGAAGAGAACUUUGCCCGUGGUCGAACUUUGGACGUCCGCGCUCUAAUGGCCCAGAUUAAGGAGAUCCAACCCUUCCAAGAGCCCGUGUUCAAUUUCACUAAUGGAGCUGAAGAGAAAUCGGUAUGGGCAAUUUGGCCCAACGGAGAGAUCCCUUACACCAUUCAAGGAGAAUUCAGCCGCACAGAUUUGGACGCUAUUGCAGCCUCUUUUGAGUACAUUGAACACAACUCUUGCGUAAAAUUUGUUCCCACCUCGAACACAAACGCUCUUCCCCGAAUGGACAUUGAAACGUACUAUGAGGAAUUUGGCAUUUGCUACACUCAAUGGCAAACCGACGGAGGCACCCAGACCUACGCUCGGGUCCAAUUGAGCCCGAGUUCGGCGUGCACGGUUCCUAGAACCAUCAUCCACGAGAUCAUGCAUGGAUUUUCCAUGUACCAUACCCACACCCGACCCGAUCGUGACGAUCACAUUCGCGUCAUGUGGGACAACAUAAGUCCCGGCAAGGAGCCCCAAUUCGAACCUUGUUCCGGAUGUUGUUGCGACACAUGGGAAGAGCCCUAUGAUUGCAGUUCGGUCAUGCAUUACGCCGCCAAUCAGAUGAGCUCCAAUGGACGAGACACUUUGGAGUCCGUGGACGAGAACUGUCAAUUGCUGCCCUUCAAUGAGUGGAACUUACAUCAGCCCUACAUGUCGGCCUCAGAUGUAGACUUGAUUAACCAACAAUAUUGUUAGAUGACGAAGAUUUUCGGCCCUUUAAUCGGGCGGACAAACGCACGGACGACUCAAUGACAACACCCACGUCAAGUGUUCCAAACAUGCCAAUAACACCGUUCAAUCAA